UGGAGACAGAGAAAUUGAUAUAGCACAGCAGUAAAUCAGGGGGACCUUACUGUGUAGAAAUUUGUAACACUUGCAAGUAUUUUUGGAGACGGCAGAGAGGCACGUGAAACCACAGCGGUUUCCCAUUCUGGGAAGAGUCGAGUGGUUGAGCGAGGACUACAACGGAUCGUAUUCAGGCACAGUUUCAUAUUUAAUAGAAAUCUAGCAGUGUAAAUAUCAGCCUGGAAAUGUCCGAAAACAAGCCAAAUGAUGAUCCGAAGUUGUCAACGACGGACAGGGCGGUGAAAUCUGUCCCAUUCCCACCGAACCACAAGCUGACGGUAAAGGAGCUGUUCGACAGUGAGGGCAAGCCCCGAGUGGACCUGCUGAAGGCCCACCUGACCAAGGAGGGACGCGUGGAGGAGGGCGCGGCCCUGCGGCUCAUCGCCGACGGGGCGGCCAUUUUGCGUGCCGAGAAGAACCUGCUGGACAUCGAGGCGCCCGUCACAGUUUGCGGGGACAUCCACGGGCAGUUCUUCGACCUGAUGAAGCUCUUCGAAGUCGGCGGGUCUCCAGCCAGCACACGCUACCUUUUUUUAGGCGAUUAUGUGGACAGAGGGUAUUUCAGCAUCGAAUGUGUGCUGUACCUAUGGGCCUUAAAAAUCCUUUAUCCCAAAACACUGUUCCUGCUUCGCGGGAACCAUGAAUGUAGACACUUAACAGAGUAUUUCACCUUUAAGCAGGAAUGUAGAAUUAAGUAUUCGGAGAGGGUGUACGAUGCCUGCAUGGACGCCUUCGACUGCCUCCCCCUGUCUGCCCUCAUGAACCAGCAGUUCCUGUGUGUACAUGGAGGACUGUCCCCGGAAAUAACAAACCUCGAAGACAUAAGGAAAUUAGACCGGUUCAGAGAGCCGCCCGCGUACGGCCCCAUGUGCGAUCUCCUGUGGUCCGACCCCCUGGAGGAUUUCGGGAACGAGAAGACCCAGGAACACUUUACCCACAACACCGUGCGAGGCUGCUCCUACUUCUACAGCUACCCUGCCGUCUGUGACUUCCUGCAGCACAAUAACUUGUUAUCGGUGAUCCGGGCACACGAAGCACAGGAUGCUGGAUAUCGCAUGUACAGGAAGAGCCAGACCACUGGGUUCCCUUCACUAAUCACCAUCUUUUCCGCGCCCAACUACCUAGACGUGUACAAUAACAAAGCUGCCGUUCUGAAAUAUGAGAACAACGUCAUGAAUAUCCGACAGUUCAACUGCUCCCCCCACCCCUACUGGCUCCCCAACUUCAUGGACGUCUUCACCUGGUCUUUGCCCUUCGUUGGAGAGAAAGUGACCGAGAUGUUGGUCAACGUCUUAAGCAUCUGCUCCAACGACGAGCUGAUGACAGACGAGGAGAUUGACGGACAGCUAAUUUACCCCCCUAAGAAAGGUGCCACCGCCUCCGCACGCAAGGAGGUGAUCCGAAACAAGAUCCGAGCCAUUGGUAAGAUGGCCAGAGUGUUUUCAGUCCUCAGGGAGGAGAGUGAGAGCGUUCUGACACUGAAGGGUCUAACCCCUACCGGGAUGCUCCCGAGCGGGGUGCUGUCAGGAGGGAAGGAGAAACUACAGAACGCUACUGUUGAAGCUAUUGAGGCUGACGAAGCCAUCAAGGGCUUCUCCCCGCAACACCGAAUCAGCAGCUUCGAGGAGGCCAAGGGGCUGGACCGCAUCAACGAGCGGAUGCCCCCUCGGCGAGACGGCCUGCCCAGCGACGCCAGCUUGAACUCGCUCAACCGGGCCCUGUCCUCCGAGACCAACGGCACCGACGGCAAGGGAGGCCCCAGCAGCAACAUACAGUGACCUGCUCCUGCCGCUAAGGCUAGGGGGCGCUAGUGAGCAGCUGAAC